AUGUUGUUCUUCUGUUGUUCUUCUGUUGUUGUUUUUUUUUUUUUUCCAGGAUACAUACCAAGUUACCUGGACAAGGAUGAGCUAUGUGUCGUGUGCGGGGACAAAGCCACAGGCUACCACUAUCGCUGCAUUACCUGCGAGGGGUGCAAGGGUUUCUUCAGGCGCACAAUCCAGAAGAAUCUAAACCCGACUUACACCUGUAAAUACGAGGGGAACUGUGUCAUCGACAAAGUGACCAGAAACCAGUGCCAGGAAUGUCGCUUCAAGAAGUGCAUUGCAGUUGGAAUGGCAACCGACUUGGUGUUGGACGACAGCAAGAGGCUGGCCAAGCGGAAGUUAAUCGAAGAGAACCGGGAGCGCCGCCGGAGGGAGGAAGUACAGAAAACAGUGUGGGUGCGAAUGGAGCCCACCCAGGAGGAGUGGGACCUGAUCCGCAUGGUGACGGACGCCCACAUGGCCACCAACGCUCAGGGCAACCACUGGAAGCAGAAACGGAAAUUCUUGAGUGCAGCGGGGGUGAAGGACACUAAGCCUGAGGACAUUGGACAAGCGUCGGUGGUAAAUGCACCCGAAGGAAACAAAGUGGACAUAGAAGCCUUCAGUCAGUUUACAAAAAUUAUUACCCCUGCCAUAACCCGAGUGGUGGACUUUGCCAAAAAACUGCCUAUGUUUUGUGAGCUGCCUUGUGAAGACCAGAUCAUCCUGUUGAAAGGCUGUUGCAUGGAGAUCAUGUCUCUACGAGCGGCCGUGCGUUAUGAUCCAGAGAGCGAGACGCUAACACUCAACGGGGAGAUGGCCGUGACCCGGGAUCAGCUUAAGAACGGAGGCCUCGGUGUGGUCUCAGAUGCCAUCUUUGACCUUGGUGUGGCGCUGUCCUCCUUUAACUUGGACGACUCUGAGGUGGCAUUAUUACAGGCCGUCAUCCUUCUGUCUUCCGAUCGACCGGGUCUGAGUAGCGUGGAGCGAAUUGAACGUUGCCAGGAGGAGUUCUUGCUGGCUUUUGAACAUUACAUCAACUCCCGCAAACACAAAGUGUCGCACUUCUGGCCCAAGCUGCUAAUGAAGGUGACGGACCUGAGGAUGAUCGGUGCCUGCCACGCCAGCCGCUUCCUUCACAUGAAAGUGGAGUGUCCCACCGAGCUGUUCCCGCCUCUCUUCCUGGAGGUCUUUGAGGACUGACAAAUGGAUUUAUUGUGUGUAUGUUUAUGUUUGUUUUGUGUGUGUGUGCACGCGUGUGUGCACACGUCAGCGCCUGGGCACCCUGGUGGGCUCAGGUAGAACCAGCAGAAGCCCCGUCACAAUGAACUUUACAUGAGCACUACUGAGUGUGACUUCAUUCCGCGGCUUAGCGUAGCUCUCUGCUCUGGUUCUGGAUGGAAGCAUUCCUAACAAGUCAACAGCAUUUUGAUCUUCUCUAUCUGUUUUGUUGUUAUUGUUGUGGACAAACUUCUCACCUCCAGUUUCAUUCUAGGGUUUUUUAAUUGUACAGUUGGCAUAAUGAUGUUUGUUUUUAAUCAUCACUUUAGAGAGCAUGCAGAUGUUGUUUUCCUUCCUUUGUGUUGACAAACUGAAUAUGGCGGCUGAGCUGGUGCACAAAAAGAUGCAUUAGCGAUCCCUCAGUUGUUUCCCAUUUGCUUGGUGUGAAGUGUUGUGUGCUCCGCCGUCACACUGUGACCGUGUCUGUGCCGCCUCACAUCCUGUGAGGUCAUUACACGCUGCGCGCCAGAGGCUCCAAAAGCUCAGAAGGCUCAAUUCAUUGUGACAAAAACUGCAACCAGGCGCGAUCUACAACGCUCUCCAUUAUUUAAUGUCACAUCCGUCUGACGGCCGAACUGUGGUCACACACGGAACCCUCCUGUCACACAAGACCGAGGGGUUUUUGUUUGUUUUUGAUCUGCAUGAUUGAAUAAAGAGUAAAACCAAGAAAUAAGAGGAUCAAAUGAAAAUGUAGAUGAUAAUUAAAGGAGAGGGUCGACAUGCUG